AUGACCUUCAAUGUCCUCACGACCAACGCGGUCGACCUGCAGCAGCGACUCGAAGGGAAAAAUAUCACGAGCGCUCAAAUUGUGGAAGAGUACUUGGCACAAAUCGAUCGCUAUGAGCCUGCUCUCAAUGCGCUUAUCUCGCCUGCCCCGCGGGAGAGGGUACUCGAAAUCGCCAAGGCUCGGGAUGAGGAGCGCCGGAAAGGGCGCAUCCGGGGCCCAUUCCAUGGAAUUCCCAUAAUUUUGAAAGACAGCUUUGUCACAGCGUCGGAGCUGGGCAUGAGCACCACAGCUGGAUCAUAUGCGUUCGUUGGAGCCAAGGCGUCAAAGAAUGGAGCUAUCACGCAGCGCCUGAUUGACGCUGGCUUGAUUAUCUUGGGAAAGGCUAACAUGACUGUCAGAAACUUUGUGGGAUUGACCGUUACUCUAGGAAUUUGCUGGCAUGAAAAUGACCAUGAUGAUGCCCGGUUGGUCUGCUCACGGCGGUCAGACUCUGUCGCCGCUCCUGGGGGCUCGUCCACUGGCUCUGCGGUCGCUGUAGCCGCCGGGUUUAGCCCUCUUGCCAUGGCCACUGAGACCAUAGGUUCCAUCGUGACUCCGUCAACACGCGCUGGUCUAUACGCGCUCAAGCCUACUACUGGGGCCCAGGAUACUACUGGGCUAUACACCAUGACGGAGUUCUUCGAUAGUCCGGGCCCUAUGGCAAAAUCAGCAUCUGACAUUCGCGUUCUUUCUGAGAUUCUACUCGGUCGCCUGUUUAACUUCUCCCGAUCGUGUUUUUGGGAAGGUCUUUCGGUGGGUUUCCUGGACCCAAAAAUUUGGAGUAUGUCGCCGGACUUUUGUACGCAAUUUGAGGGUACAGCAGAGCAAAUGGUAAACGAGUACGAGGAGACGGUUUCCGCUCUACGAAGCGGAGGUUGUCCUCUUAAGUACCCAAUCCAUUGCAAAGAUCCCUCAGUCUUACCGAAUACUAUAUUGCCAAUCGCAUAUUGGGACUUCAAGAAUGUCUGCAUCCCUAGAUUUAUUCGCUCGUUUCACGAGUGCUCUGUAACAAGCGUUGCAGAUAUCGUCAAGUUCAAUAAAGAAAACAGUGAAAAAUCACUUCCAGCUCCAUUUGUCCAGCAGAAUGAUCUAGAAGGGGCAAUGAACUCUAUUGAAGAAGAGGAACAAAUAAAUCAACUGAAACAGGACCUUCGUAGGGCCGCGAGAGAUAUUCUGAAUGACCUAUUUGACAAGGAAAAAGUCAAUAUCCUGGCAGCUCCGGGAGACUCCCCGUUAUGUGUUCAUGCUUCUGCUGCAGGAUCAGGAUAUCCUGUCGCCACAGUACCGAUAGGAAAACUUCACUACAAUGACCGGCCGUUCGGUCUGUGUCUGGUGGCCAGAGCGGAAAAGGAGGAGACUCUACUGCGGUUCAUGGAAGUGUACGAACAGAUUGCUAAGCCUCGUCCGGUUCCCAAAUUUGGAAAGGUCAAGAUAUAA